AUGAUGCGCCUUGAAGCGCUGAAAACCUUUACACAAACGGAACAAAAUAUUAUGAAAGAUUUGGCUAUUUCAAUAUUCAAUACAUAUCCACCAACUGACAUUCCUCAAGCAACUGUAAAGUGUCCUUCGUGUGAAACUACAAUACGAGAUUUAGAUCAUGUAUGCCCAAAAUGCAAAACGAGGUUUCCAAUCUGCAUUGCUUCUGGAAAAGUGUUGCAAACUUUAAGGUUUUGGAUUUGUGCAACAUGCAAGCAUAGAGCUUGUCCUUCGAAAGUUGCAAAUUCAACGUAUUGUCCACUCUGUCAUUCCACUGCAUUGUUUGCAGCAUAA